AUGCCGUCUCCAUCGCCUGCCACGUCAUCACCGUCGACGUCAUCGUCGGCGUUUCCUUCAGAUUCUGCUGAUAUUUCCAGAAGACAUCAGAAUUCACAAAAUCUGACGUCUUCAGAAAAUCAAAAUAAGAAGAAAAAGUAUGAAGUACACGCCGGGCGAAAUCGAUUUGGGUGUGGUGGACGUCUGGUGUGCUCCAGAAGUCAUGGAGCAUUCGUGGUUACUGUAUUCUUAAUGAUUGCUACGCUGACACUCUAUUUUGUAUUUGACGCUCCAUUCCUCUGGAACAUCUCCCCGGCAAUUCCCAUUGUAGCAGCGGUGGUCUCAAUUACAGUAAUCUCGAAUUUUCUGGCUACUUCCUUCACGGAUCCGGGAAUUUUGCCACGUGUUGAGAAUCUGGAAAUAAUAGAAGCCGAACGGCAAGAAAAUGGGGUGCCGAGUACGAGUGAAAUUCCAGCGGAUCCCAAUACACCCCGCCCACGCUUCCGUGACGUCAUUAUAAAUGGGGAGCAUGUGAAAAUGAAGUACUGUACCACUUGUCGGCUCUAUAGGCCGCCCAGAUGCUCACAUUGUGCAGUUUGUGAUAAUUGCGUGCUGAUGUUCGAUCAUCAUUUAGCCCAACAAAUGCCAUUCGGUGAGGUGAUUCGAAAAACGCCCGGAUCAGUGGUGGUGAUUUUGAUAUGUUUUUUGACGACAUGGUCUAUAAUUGGUCUCUCUUGCUUUCAUACAUACCUUCUUUGCGCCGAUUUGACCACAAAUGAAGAUCUCAAGGGAAUCUACCGUAAGAAACAUCGAUCGACACCACCGGCAAGUCAAAUUCCUGGAAUCCCGACAAAAAACCCAUUUUACAUGGGAUGCUUCAAGAGUUUUGCCAGCAGACUCUUCAAAUCACGAUUUCCGAGGUAA